GCACAGUGGUCCCAAAUCCCCAAAAGCUGGCCAAAAGUCGAAAAAAAUUUUUUUUUUCUAGGGACUUUUAAUGGUUGGAAUAGUAGUAGUAGUACACCUAGUAUGUAUUAUGACCGUUAAAAAAAAGGAAGUGUCCCUAUCUGGCUUAGGAACGCAUUUCGUUCGUGAGCGUGGGGCCUGCCGCAUUGUUCACUCGUCGCGCGUCGAAAAUAACACAGAGUUCAGACGCGUGUAGAAUCGCGAAAAGUUAACGGAUUUGGAUUCUGCAAAAUGGAUUCUUCUCCAGAAAAACAUCUGGAUAAUACCGAAGAAAUUUCUUUCACGAGAAAGGAAAUUUUCAUAUUUGUGAAAUCGGUAUUGAACGGAAAUAUCAACGUGGUCACUGACAUUGUUGAAAUGGAGGUGUCAAAAAAAUUGAAGUAUCCAUACAUUUUGCCGAAAAGUCUGAAAGAUGCCAUGGGUAGAUUGGUAUCGAAAAUCAAAAAGAGGUGGCAACAAGUGAGCAGGAACGAAACCAAAUUCUUCCAAAAAUUCGACGAGUGGCUCAACGUUCCUGUGUCUUUUGCAAUUGAAAAUGAAGGUUUGAAGACUUCCACGGAAAACACAAUGGGGCGUCCUUCUACAAGCUGAGACGAUUUGAGUGAUCGGUCAAAACGGAGGAGGACAGAAAAGGUUGGAAAAGAACAUACUGUCACGAAUUGGCCUAUGCUACACAAAUGGGUCUCCGGGCUUCUGGAAAUUUACAUGCUUCAAAGGUAAUUAGGGAUGUCACAGAAGGCAGUCCAUCAAAAGCAUCACGGUACCGGAAAUCCAUGGAACGCGUUUCAGAAGAUGUGCUGUCAGGCAACGAAGCAUUAUCACUUGUAGUAGAAGGUAAAAUGACCAAAAGUCAAUACCAAUUAAUACGUUCUGUAAGCGUGAAAAAAAUUGUAAAUUAUACCCGCCUUAUAAAUGUGUAUUGGAUUCACAGGAUAGCGAUUAAUUGUAAGAGAUGCUAAAAUUAUAUCGAUUAGAAAUGAAAGAAUGAAAGAAAUAUAUUAUAAAUGUUCAUUGUCAUUGUAA